UGGCAAGGGACAAGACCGGGGCGGCGCCCACCUACCGCGAAGGCGAAGCAGUUCCGCAGGGCCUCGAACUCCUGCGCACAGAGGUCCUUCGUCAGACGUCCGCCUGGGGCCGUGGACGCCUGCACGCACCUUCCAUAGGCUGCGGCCUGGGGGCGGACGGGGGACGGACGAGGGUCGCGGCGGCCCGCCUUGCGGGUCACCCCGCACAGACCCCACCUCCGCCCCGUCCCAGCCCCGCCCGACAGCUUCUCACCUCGGCCCGACAGACCGCGAGGCGCUCGGGGAAGGCGCGGAGGCGGCCUCGCACGCGCCCCCACACCGCUCCGUUCCCGGACAUGAGCGACUCCUCCUGGCGCCCACGGGCGCCGCCAUCUUAGGUUCCUCCUCUUCCGGCGCCCAGCGGCUGGAUAGGCGCACCUUCCGCCCGUCGUCUUUCCUGCGCUUUCUGUUUGGUCAGGCUUCGGCUCCAGCCCCUGCCUCGCUUCCGGAAUGGCGCCGGACCUCCCGCAGCCCUGCAAGUGGCUCGUGAACUUGUCUGUCUUUGAUCUGGGGCUUCGGAUUGGUUCAGGCUCAGGGUGUUUGCCGGCAUCGGCUCCAGGCUCCGCCCCGCGCGAGAGAUUGGCCAGCUGGCUAAGGCCCACGCAGUGAUUGGAGGAGGGCAUCGGCCGCGGGCGGGGCCGGAAGGUAGCCGGUAUCAUGGCGGCCACGCCGCAGCUGCGGGACCGCCUGAGCUUCCUGCACCGGCUCCCGAUUCUCCUGAAGGGAACUUCGGACGAUGACGUCCCAUGUCCGGGCUACUUGUUUGAGGAGAUCGCCAAAAUCUCGCAUGAGUCCCUGGGCAGCAGCCAGUGCCUCCUGGAGUACCUUCUGAACCGUCUGCACAGCGGCUCCGGCCGCGUGAAGCUCAAGGUGCUGAAGAUCCUGCUCCACCUGUGCGGUCACGGCUCCUCCUCAUCUCUGCUCAUCCUCAAACGCAACCCUGCUUUCAUCCAGGAAGCCGCAGUUUUCUCGGGGCCCCCAGACCCUCUCCAUGGGAACAGCUUGUACCAGAAGGUGCGGGCCGCUGCCCAGGACCUGGGGAGUGCCUUGUUCUCAGACAGCCUGUUGCCCCCGCCUCCCUCCCAGCCUCCUAGGGCCCUGCCUCCAGCAGGCAUGGGCUCCGAGUCCAGGCCCCAGGGCGCCCUCCAGGGUUUUGGCUACAGCAAGGACCGAGGCCCCACAGGCUCUGCCGGCGAAGCGUUCCUCUCCACCAUCCAGAAGGCUGCAGAGGUGGUGGCCAACGCUGUGCGCCCCGGGCUGGAGAGCCCCAGCACCUGCAGGCCCCUCCCGCGGGGUGACGCCUACCAGCCGGCCAUGACGCCCGCUGCCAGCCAUGGUGUCCCCGGUGUUGGCGGGCCGCUGCCCGGAGCCCUCCCAGGCGCCCGAGGAAGUGGUGAGACUCCCCUGCGGCCUGGGUGCCCCGGGAAGGGGUGUAUGGGGCGGGUCAGAGGCCUCCGGAUCUCACCCACAGUCCUGUUUGUCACAGUCACCAGACCCCAGCCCGGGCAGGCAGGAGGGGGCUGGGACGAGCCAGACAGCGGCUCCAGCUCCCAGAAUUCUUCCCGGGAGAGCGGUGACCCAGGCAAGGUCUCCGACUCGGGCAGUCGGUCGGGCAGUGACAGCCCCUCCGCGGCCAGCCAGGCACCCAGCGACCUGGCAGAGCGGGUCGAGGCUGUGACCCUGAGUGACUGCCAGCAGGAGCAGAGUCUGGUGCAGAUGGUGACGCGGGGGCCGCGCGCCUUUCUGAGCCGAGAGGAGGCGCAGUGCUUUAUCAAAGAGUGUGGGCUGCUCAACUGUGAGGUGGUCCUGGAGCUGCUGACGCGCUGCCUGGCCGGGACCAGCGAGUGCGUGCAGAUGAGGGCCCUGGGUGCCAUUGCCUCCCUGGGCUGCACCGACCUGCUCUCCCAGGAGCACAUCCUGCUCCUCACCCGGCCGUGGCUGCAGGAGCUUAGCGCUGGCAGCCCUGGACCCGUGACCAACAAGGCCACCAAGAUCCUGAGGCACUUUGAAGCCUCCUGCCGACAGCGGCCGCCUGCCCGGAGGCCCCCAGCCAAGCUGGGCCCCGUGGCUGCCCACGGGGGCCCGGCCGACCUGCUGAGCGACACUGAGGCUGCGCCUUUCUCCGGGAGCCACGCUUUCCUGCAGCCGCUGAGUUCCACCCUCCUCCCGGCCCAGGGCCUUGCGCAGCCCCGUCCCCUGGACGGCUCCCCCCUUUCAGUCUCCCGGGAGGCCGGGGCCGGACCUGAGUGGGACCCCCUGGGCACAGGCUCCCCAAAGGGAGCGCCGAAACAUUGCCCAGGGCCUGGUGGCUGCAGGUCCUUAUUUGCAGGCAUGGAGCUGGUGGCCUGCCCCCGCCUGCUGGGGGCCGGGCCUGCCACGGAAGAGGCCCUCCAGGCCCCCUGGACGUCAUCACAGAGGGCAGCGGCGGCAGGCGCGUCUCCCGGCUCGGAACCUUCUGCUUUCCCGUUCCUAAACUCGUGACCUUGCCAGCCUGGGCCAUGCCGGGAGUCACCGUGGCCCCAGUCUACAAAUCCCAGGACUCCAGGACUCUGUGCUGUCCCUUUUGCCCGCAGCCCCCAUGUCCCACCGAAGAGUGGUUCCUCUCAGGUGGCCGUGGCCAGUCCUGCUGUCCCUCGGGCUGCUUCCCCCCCACUCGUGGGCGAUGCGGCACGGGCAGCUGCCUGGAGCAGAUGCGACCGCCACCGCCGGGAGUCCACGAGCCCACAGAGCCAGGCGGCAUGUGCAAAGGGGUCCGCGGGGCCGACUCCCAACCAGAAGCGGGUUCCCCAUUCUCCUGCUGGAUGAGGCAGUCCCCGCCCCCCCCCUCCGGCACACAGGCCCUUCCUGUGGCUGUGGUGGCCAGAUGGCAGGCCCGAGGCCUUGGGGGAGAAAGAGACCAGCGCCGAGCUGCUAGCUGGGGGUAGGGGGCGGCUGGGGCCCCAGACUGACUGCUGGGUGUCCUGCCGUGCAGCUGUCUGGUGGCCCCGUCUGCAGGCAUGGUCCGGCCCCUCUCCUCACGGCCAGAGGGACUGCAGGGGGGACUGGGGGGCAGAGGGCAUGUCACCGCCCGCCUGGAGGGGACAGGAGCUCCCAGGGUCCUCACAGGCACCUGGCCCCUCUGGUGGACGAGUCAGAAGGAGAUAGUCCAGGCGGUGGCCCUUGCCACCCUGAGAGGAGGUCGCAGGUUACCUCAGUUUCCCCCCAGGUCUCCCUUACUAGAAGCUAGCUGUCUGGACUUUCUGCAGCAGCAGGCCUGGGAAACGCUGACCUCAGGGGUCCCCGGAUGCCCGUGCCUGCCUCUCAGAAACGGAGUUUUUGUGUGGAUUUGGAACCAUGGCUUGGCUCUUUGCUUUUGGGCUCUGAGCGCUCCCUCCACAGGGGGCCAUAAACUGGCCACGCAGCUUCUUGUCCACGGGGAGGGGGGGGUGUUGAAGUCAGGCUGUUUCUGCUGCCAGAUCCCGGUAUGACCCGGGUCCUCUGCCGCCUGCUCCCUGCAGACUGCGCGGGGCUGGCCUCGGGGCGAAGGUUCUGGUGCCACAGGGGCACGCGGCCGCUCCCGGGACCGCAGCGCCAGAACUCGAAUAAACACGGUUGUUCACGCAAA